UUCCGAAAUCAGUUAACUUUCGAAUUUUGGCGAAUGAUGAAUGUGUUUCUGGUUUUAAGUUUACUGAUUACUGCGACAAACGCUGUUUCCACAAGAAUCAGCAAUGGUGAAGUAGCAUCAGCUAGAGACUUUCCCUCUACGGUGGGAAUACUGAUAGAUGGCACUUCAGAUCACUCAUUCUGUGGAGGUAUCUUGAUUUCCACGCGAUUCAUUCUAACUGCCGCUAGAUGUGUCUCAGGGACCAAUACGCUGACGGUUGUACUUGGAGCGAGUGACAUGACCCGGAUUGUUGAGGUCAUCCCGGUACUGAACAUUCCAAUCCACGUCAUAAUCCAUCCGAACUACAGCUCGUUCUUCAAUCGUGACGACAUAGCGAUCGUUCAGCUAUCACGUCCAGCAGUGUUGGGAGACUACGUAGAUGUUGCGCGUCUACCGAGACGAUAUCAUGCGGCGUUCUCUUUCACGGGAUGGAACUCGACGGUCGCCGGAUGGGGAAGUUCUGGAAACCGAGACAACGAACCGCUUCCUCUGCAGCAUCUUCACUUCGCACAUGGGGAGGUGAUCACCAACUUUGUGUGUGGCCUUUCCCAUAGCUUUGUCCGAGAGGGUCACAUUUGUACCACCACUGAAGAGGGUGGUCCGUGUGAUGGUGAUGAAGGUGGUCCAGUAUAUGCAGAGGUCGAUGGAGAGACACUUCUGAUUGGCCUGCAUUCGUUCCACUACAGCGGCAUUCGUGGAUGCGACCGCGGCCGAUCAGCUGUGAACACUCGUGUCACAGAAUACUUGGAUUGGAUUGGACAGAACACUGAUGUAGAAAUAUUAAAUUGAAAAAUUACACUUUUUAUCAUUA